AUGUUCGGGUCCUUACUCGAAGCCACUCUUUUGCUAACGGUGUUUGCCUUCACCAAUGCCUCUCCCGUCCGUGUCCGCGCACUGGUCACUCCGCCUACAGAUGAUCCGUUCUAUACCCCGGAGUCCGGCUACGAGGCCUACCCACCUGGCACCAUCUUGGCUACAAGGAACCCACCGUCCUUGAUCGCAGCACUGGGUGCGAUCCCAGUCCCCCUGGCCGACGCACAACAGAUCCUCUACCGCUCCACUGACAGUUUUGGCAAUCCCUCGGCUACGGUAGCGACCGUCCUCACACCUUUCAACGCCGACGAGUCCAAGCUUCUUUCAUACCAGGUCGCUCAGGAUUCGGCCUACGCCAACUGUGCCCCAUCAUAUGCUUUGCAGUUUGCAUCUGAUUCUGGCGGUCUCGCUGGUACUUUAGGGACUCAGGUCGAGAUCAUCGCCAUCGGUGCCGCCCUCUCGGAGGGCUGGGUCGUCACCAUCCCAGACCACGAAGGCCCAAAUGCCGCUUUCCUGGCCAACACAGGCGGAGGACAACAUGUCCUGGACGGUAUCCGUGCCACACUGUCUUCUGGACUCACUACGCCACAAGCUCAGGUUGCCCUGUGGGGCUACUCAGGCGGUUCACUGGUCUCCUCUUUUGCCGCCGAGCUGGCGCCCACAUACGCCCCCGAACUGUCUUCCAAUCUCAUUGGAGUCGUUCUGGGCGGUGCAGUUCCCAACAUAACCUCCUCCCUUCCACUCAUCAACCAUUCCCUUUUCUCCGGCCUAUUACCCGGCGGCAUUAUCGGUCUUGGUAAUGAGUAUCCCGAGAUCGCCGCUCUCAUCGAUGCGAACCUCGUGCCCGAAAAAGCCGCAGAUUUCAACAAGGCCAGACAGCAAUGCUUUGGCGCCAAUCUGAUUCAGUUUCUGGGCCAGGAUGUGUUGAAUGACUAUUUUUUGGACGGCGACGACUUCUUUUUCGAGAAUUCCGCCGUAUUGGCCGUGCAAGAAGCCAAUCGUCUGGGUCAGCGAGCUCCUCAAAUCCCCGUCUUCAUGUAUAAGGGUGUGCAGGACCAGAUCUCGGCCGUCGAGGACACCGAUCAGCUGUAUGAUGAAUACUGCAAUGCGGGUGGUCAGGUGGAAUACAUCAGAGACGUGGGUGCCGAGCACGCGGCGCUCCUGGUCACUGGCAUCCCCAGCGCCAUUCAGUGGAUCAAGGGAGCCUUCAGAGGUAAUCUUGAAGCGGGCUGCGUCAAGAGGGAUGUGGUUGCCAGCCUGGUGGAUGCAGCGGCGCAGGAGCUCAAGGAUACGAUUCGGAACAAGCUGGGGGGGUUCCUUGGUAUGAGCGAGUGGGAUAUUAUGGUUGCAUGA